AUGAACCCUUUCGGUGAUGACGACGAGGACUUUGAGACAUCCGCUAUCCUUGACUACAACCUCGACGUCAGCUACCGUCUGGUUCUGCUAGAGGAGGCCUUCUUCCCCGAUACGCUUCAGAUCCCCACCUUCGAGAUCCCGCCUAUGAAGGGACACGAGAAUGACAACCUGAAGGAAUUCCUGGAACAUGUCUCAGAUGACCUCUUGGGCUCCAAAAUCUCUGAGGAGAACAACGAGUGA